UAUCAAUCGGUCUUCCCUCUGACAAGUUCGCCUUUCUUCUGCAGUUAAAGUUUUGUUCGCGCCUGGAUUUCGGCUCGUGAAUGUCAGAAUGCCGGUUCGAGUUGAAAUCGUUCCUCCUCCCCCAGCUAAUUCUAAACAGCCUGGCGUAACAAAAUCUUUAUUGUACAACGGCUCCCGUUUUCAAGGUUCCCAGAAGUCGAAAGGAAAUAGCUACGAGGUCGAAGUUGUUUUGCAGCAUGUUGACGAAGAAAAUUCUUACCUUUGUGGGUAUUUAGGGAUCAAAGGGUUAACUGAAGAAUUCCCCACAUUGACCACCUUUUUUGAUGGUGAAAUCAUCAGCAAGAAAUACCCCUUUCUUACUAGGAAAUGGGAUGCCGAUGAGGAUGUGGACAAAAAACACUGGAGUAAGUUUAGCUCAUUUCACCAGUAUGCCAAAACUUUCAAUUCAGAUACUUUCAGUUAUGAUAACUUGAAAGAGGCUGAUUAUGUCUUCAUGAGAUGGAAAGAACAUUUUCUUGUUCCUGACCACACUAUCAAGGAUAUUAGUGGAGCAUCAUUUGCAGGAUUUUACUAUAUAUGUUUCCGUAAAUCAGCAGCAACCAUUGAGGGUUACUAUUACCAUAGAAGUUCCGAAUGGUACCAGUCCUUAACACUCAGUCAUGUUCCAGAACAUAGUAUUCAAAUUUAUGAAUUUAGGUGAAGUUUCAUUUGUUCUGCUCGGUAUCAACACAUAAGUCUGAUUUUCCUUUGACAUUUUCUUUUUUUUUUAUAUUUUUAAUUUAAAAGGAUGAGGGGCAAUUUGCAAUGAGAAUUGUCAAAUAGAUCUUUACUUUUAGUGGAAGUCACUAAGUAAGUUUAUACAUAUGUAAUGAAGUUUGUAUAUUUUCAUUCUCUCUUUUGUACAUUUUCUCUGUAAGUACAUAAGUUUGCAUGCAAAGAAGGAGUGUCUUUUUAAACUGUUAAAUUUGUGAUGUUGUCCGUUUUCUUGUUUUUAAACAAAAUAUAAACAAUCCUGAUUUUUCA